AUGCUGUCUACGGUCCGCCGACGAAGGGCACUGUUCCUCUCCUCAGCGUCGACGGCAGUACUCUCCUCACUGAGAAGACCCAAAUUCUACAGCGAUGGGCCGAGCAUUUCCGAGGCGUCCUCAACCGCCCCUCCACCAUCUCCGGCGCCGCCAUCGCCCACUUGCCUCAUUUGGAUACCAAAAUGGACCUCGACCUCCCUCUCUCUCUCUCCAAAAAACAGCAAGGCGGUGCAGCAGCUCUCCAGCGGGGAAGCACCCGGAUCGGACGCCAUCCCUGCUGAGGUCUACAAGCACGGUGGUCCCCAACUAAUGGAUCACCUGACUGCGCCUUUCCAGGAGAUGUGGCGUCAAGGUGAAGUCCCGCAGGAUUUCACAGACGCCACGAUCGUCCAUCUCCACAAGCAGAAAGGAAACCGCCAGCUCUGCGAUAAUCACCGAGGUAUUUCUCUGUUAAACAUUGCCUGGAAGAUCUUUGCUCGCAUCUGUCUGAACCGCCUGACUAAUCAUCUAGAAGAGGGCCUUCUAUCGGAUUGCCAGUGCAGCUUUCGCCGUCAUCGAGGGACCAAGUACAUGAUCUGCAUUCACGAAGUGCUGAAACAGAUUCAAUCGCGCUGGGGAAGCCUCGUAUGGAAGAGUUCAUCAGCCGAUUACUUUUGGUGCCUGGAGGGCAGUAUCGUUGCAAGCACAUUUAUUUUUUGA